UUCAAAAAACAAAAGAACUCCAUGUCCUGCUGCGCGCUCAUCAGAGUCUGAGAUACUGACAGCAGUCUGAGAUACUGACGGUUGUGUCAACAAGCAAAUGAUGAAUACAUGGAUUCAUCGGACAAGAAGAGAUUUCUGACAAAGGCAGGUGUCUUUUCUGCAUGGGCGAAGGUUCACAGGUGUCCAGGUACCAGCACGGUUACUCCGGCGAUGGCCACUACACGGGCCGGCCAAGAAGCACAGCCGGCGGUGAAUCCGACGACGCCCUCCUCUUCCUUGCCGUCCCGGCAGGCUGGCUCAUCCGCCUGCUCGCCUUCCUCGGGGAGCUCGUCGCGUCUGCCAUCCUCAGCCUCGUCUUCCCCGUCGCCGCUCUCGUCGGCGCAUUGCGCGCCCUCCCUGCGGCGGUCGCGUCCAACCUCCGGCGCACGGCGCGAGGCCUGCUCGCCGCGGCGUGCACCUUCGUUGCCCUUGUGGCCGCGCUGCUCAUGUCCGUGCUCCUCGGCUUCGUUCUUGUCCGGCACUGGGUCGAGGACCCGGUCACCUUGCGCCAGCAGCUCUUCUUCGACUACACGGAGGCGCAGCCCAGCGCCGCGGUAGUCCUUGGUGGUGGAGCUCGAGGCGCCGCUGCUGGCGCCGUGCUGCCGGCGGGUCACUCCGUCAGGGUGUCCAUGGCGUUGCUGCUUCCUGAUUCCUACCACAACCGUGAGGUUGGCAUGUUCCAGAUAAAAGCAGAGGCGGUCUCUGUAAGUGGAAUCACCAUGGCCUCAGCUACACAGCCAUACAUGCUGAGGUACAAGAGCACCCCUGUCCGGCUGGCGCAGUCUGCGCUGCUGUGCGUGCCACUCACUCUGGGCAUACGCAGCGAGACCCAGGCCGCAAAUCUCAAGGUGUUGCAGUACAGGGAAGGCCGCGGCCGGGAUAAGAGGACAGGGGCCAUCAGAGUCUUGCUGCAGCCAAGAGCUGCGACUGUGCAGCUGCCCCAGGUGUACAGAGCAGAGGUGGUUGUGCAGACAGCUCUUCCGUGGGCAAAGAGCCUGGCACGCGGCUUGAAGUGGACACUCUGCGUGUGGGUGUCUUCCUCUGUGUACUUCGCUCUCAUUGUUCUUGCCGUUUGUUGGGCCCGGCCUCUUGCGGUGUCCGCGAGGAAUAGGAGGCUGUCUGAGCUUCAGGUCGAUGGAAAGAUACCAUCUGAUUUGGGUUCAGGAGAUAUUGGUGAAAGCUCAAGCAAGGAGGUGUCUGAAGAUUUUGCAGUGAAGUGGAGGGAGAGAAGAAGCAGGUGGAAAUCACAGUUUCGAACGCGAUUACACGGAGGCAGCAUGGAGCUCGAGUCCACUGAGGGUUCAACUUCUAAUAUUGCAGUGGUGGAGACAAGUGAGGCCAUGAAUGAUCCUUGAGAAUCUGAAUGUAUUUGUAUACAAUCGUCAGUAUCUGAUGAUAUCAACUAAUUUUAAUCAAGGGUGUUGCUGUGAAAUUUGUGUUUGUUGUUACCACUAGACCUCUCUGUGUACUGUUGAUGUGACCCAAAGGCUUCUAUACUACUCUAAUUUCAGACCAA